UGGCGCUUGUCAGCCGCGCGCCUGUAAAAGUAGCAUCCCUCAUAUCCUCUCUGAAACAGCCUCGAAGGUGGAGGAGCUUGGUUGCAGCCGUCUAACGGGGCCAAUACACAGCUCUCUUUCUCUCUCUCUCUCUCUGCCCAUCUGCAUACAGUUCGAACAAAGGUGUAGACUCUUUCUCUGUUGGGUUGUGAUGGCUUCCUUGAGGGUGUUAGAAAUUUAUUAGACAUCUCCCACUCACAAACCGUUUUAUAUCAUGGCUCGUAAGGGAAACCAACAAAAGAAUGGCUUAGAUCGCAAUGCAUCACACCACAAAUUUACAGUUUCAGAUUCGGUAGGUGGACCCUUACCAGAGAAAAAACAUAAGGCAAAAGCACAUGAAGGAAAAACUGUUGAUGGAGAGGAGCUUCCAAAUGCUAACCACCAAUGCAGGUCAAGUAGUCCAUUGGGAGAUAGAGCAAAGGCCAAAUUUUCAGGAGAUCGUAAGAAAAACAACCAAAAAUCUGCGAAAGCCUCCACCAAAGAUCAGUUGGGUGAUGAUAUACCAGGUUCUGUGAAAUUGGCGUCUAUGUCAAGUAAUUCAAGAGAUGCUGUAGGAAAUGAAACUGCAUCCGAUGCUACUGAGUUAAGAGGAGAUGAUGGGGUGCCACUUGAGAGCAAUCCCAGUUCAAUUAAUUUUAGUACAGGUCACACACAGCAUGGUUUGGCUGAUGAAGAUGUUAUGGAUGGAUCAGGUUCCUCAGGUGCAGUAGCUGGUAUGAAUUUAAAAGCUUCAGCCUUAUCCAUUUUGAAAACAGCUAGCAUAUGGCUUGAAAGGCAGAAGCCCCUUUUUGAUGCUUUGACAACCAUUUUGUCCAAUGCCUGUGAUUACGUCCGCCUUAAGACCGAGCAUGCAUAUCCUAUUAUCUGGAGGUGGCUAUCACAUUUUGGGAAGUUGGUGCUACUUCUAUCCAUGGUUUGGUUAGACUGUAGUCUUAGGGGACUGGACUCCUUGUUACGCCUAGGAACGACAUCCUUCUUCACAGUCAUUUGGUGCAGCAUUCUCUCAGUCAUUGCAAUGGUAGGAACUUCAAAAUUUCUUAUAAUGAUGGUAACGGCUGGUUUACUGGCGCUUUUUGUUGGUUUCACAAUUGCAAUUUUGGUAGCUGCCGUCUUUGCAACUGUAUUUUUGUGGCUGUAUGGAAGCUUUUGGACUACAGGUUUCGUCAUUUUUGCCGGAGGGAUAUCAUUUGCUUUGAGUCAUGAACGGCUUGCCCUCUUGAUCACAACCAUUUAUUCUCUACACAGUGCGAAAUGCUAUGUCGGAUGGCUCGGUGUGCUUUUGGGAAUCAAUUUAUCAUUCAUUUCAAGUGAUGUUCUGAUACAUUUUCUAAAAAAUAACAUUAGUGAGCAUAAUAGGUCCAAUAGUCGCCCGGAGCAAUCUACACGGUCAGGCUUUUUCCAUGGUGAACCUAUGCAUGCUUCGCAAUCAGAUGAUGCCACUCGGGCUACUUCUGGUAGAUCGGCAGAUCAUAACCCAGGAGUGCCUUCAACCAGUGGAGCCGAGGCAGAACUAACGUCUGAAGAUGAAGUUAUUCGGCUCUUAAACUGCAAUGAUCACUAUUCAGCAUUGGGUUUGUCCCGAUAUGAGAACAUAGAUGUUUCUUUACUCAAGAGGGAGUACAGAAAGAAGGCAAUGCUGGUCCAUCCCGAUAAAAAUAUGGGCAAUGAAAAAGCCGCAGAAGCCUUCAAGAAACUUCAAAAUGCUUAUGAGGUUCUGCUAGAUUCUUUGAAGCGAAAAGCAUAUGAUGAUGAAUUGAGAAGGGAGGAGCUUCUGAACUAUUUCCGCAAGUUUCAAAGUGCUUCCUCAAAGAAUGGAAGACAUGGUCCCUUCGCUUCUGGGUUCCCUCGUUCUGAAGCUGAUGAUGAAGAUCCUCAUGGAGAUUCGAGAAGAAUAGCCUGCAAAAAGUGCGGCAACUUUCACGUGUGGGCUCAUACAGAUAGAUCCAAAUCCCGAGCAAGAUGGUGCCAGGAAUGCAAGGAUUUUCAUCCAGCUAAAGAUGGAGAUGGUUGGGUUGAACAAUCUUUUCAGCCGUUUUUGUUUGGCUUGUUGCAGAAGGUGGAUGCACCUUGUGCAUAUGUUUGCGCGGAAAGCAGGAUCUAUGAUGCAACAGAGUGGUUUAUCUGUCAGGGAAUGAGAUGUCCAGCCAACACCCACAAGCCGAGCUUCCAUGUUAACACCAGCAUCACCUCCAAGCACAGCAACACAAAGGGAACUGGUUCAGCACACCGGAGUGGAGGGAUGCCGACGACCAACAUGGAUGAGAGCAUGACAGAGGAGGAAUUCUUCGAGUGGUUGCAGAAUGCAGUGCAGUCGGGCUUGUUUGAAACCAGCAGCCCAUCAACGGAGAACCCAUCCGCAAGAGCUGGCAGCAGCUCCAAGAGUGGCAGUGCCGGCAAGAAAAAGAAGAAGGGAAAGAAGCAAUGGUGAGCAUCCAUUUUGUGGAAGCUCAGGACGUUUGAGUUUUCAGGCAUGAGAGCUGUGAGCUAUUAAAAGAGGAAAGGAGUUUUUUUCCCGCAGGUACGAAAGCUGAUGCAAUGUAAUGUCACUACUUACCAUGGCUGCAAAACUCAUUUAUGGUCAAUAUCCAUAUAUGAAGUUCUGUAUAGAUCGGCUCUUUUUUACCCCUCAAAGCAUCCGGUGAUAUUUCUAUGCAAUGAUUUUAGAUAGACGGCCUGUAAAGUAACCAUCCAGAAUCAUUUGCCAGAAGUUCCUCCACAGUGCCAACAUGUUGCAUGUUGCAUGUUGCAAUUGCCUCAUCCGAAAUAUUUACGCCUUUUGCACA